ACGACAUCUUUCUACACCGGAAGUGGUGUUUAGAGUGUUUUGAAGUUUGGCUUGAUAACAGAUGAUGGUUGAUAUCCAUGCAUUAAAGCUACAAGAGAUUACAGUCUGAAUUUGGUUAAUAUAGCGACAGCGGUCACCAUUUAGUUACACUGACUGCGGCGACGACUUUUGACCAGCGGCUAGCUUUGUCAAAGCCUCGGCUUGUUUUCAGUAACCUGAAGCUAACGGUAACCUGCUGUCAGUUGCAGCAUUAAGUUAACGUUAGUCGAUUUCUGUUACGAGAGUUGUGUUUUAUAUGUAACAGUCAUCUGUUGCAGAUAAAGCUAUCAGGUGAAAUCGAAGAGAAAAGUAUCUGAGUUAACGUUAGUGGUCUUGAGGAGAGAAGGUGAUGUCUGAGGUCAGGGUUAACCUGCAUGAAGCAGAGGCAGGGACUUACCAGGAUGGAUCACCUCCUGACCCUGUGAAAGCUCCGAGCAGUGAAGCUUCUGUGCCUAACCUGCAAGGUCUUCCGCUUCCUGGUCACUCAUCUUCAGCAGAUGUUAGCCCCUCACCUUCUGCUGAGGCAAGUGGCUUGUUGUCACUACCAUGGGAGAUGGUAACCCACAUUGCCUCGCACCUUCCUGCUCAGUGUGUCAUCACGGUGCUGCCAAAGGUCUGUCAUGCAUUGGGUAAUGUGGGUAAGGACAGCACUGCUUGGCAGCUCCGGGCACGCAGACUAAUAGGAUCCAAAGCUGGCUUUCCAGUGGGGCCAAGGGAGGACUUUGACUGGCCUUCGGCUUGCGUGGAGAUGGAGCAGCUGAUAACCUGCUGGACAGGCCAAGCUCACCUUGUGGCCAGACAGACCCAAGAGGAAGAGGAAAGGGAACAAGUGAGGCAGCAGCAAAGGGCUGGGCAGGACGGGCAGCCAGAAGGACAGGAAGAUCGUAGAGAGAAUGAGGUAGAAGGGGUGGGAGUGGUGGCGCAGGAGGUUGCAUAUGGUGCUGAUGAAGGGAUGGAGGUGGAGAUGGAAGGUGAGGAUGGUGAAAUGCAGCCCAUCGUAGGUGGGAACCACCUGGCAAGACUAAGAGAGGAGUUGGAAGAAAGACUGGAGGAUGAUGCAGCAGCACUAAUGGAAGAAGAAAGGAACCACAGGAUGGUGUUUGAUGCUGAUGAGGGGCAAAAUGGUGCUCUUAAUCACCAAGAGGACUUGGCAGACCCCAGGAAUCUGGGUAAUGGAAGACAGGUAGAUAUGGAACAACGUCAACCCACCAGAAGUCCUAGCCCACCCCCAGCGCUGGAGUGCAUCACCCUACCUUCAGGCCACAUCGCCCAGGUCAACUCAGUCCUCCUGUUGGGUGGAGAGGGGACAGUUUGUGCCACAGGUUCCAGAGACUGGAAUGUUAAACUGUGGGAUCUACAUGCAGACUCUGGUGGCAGGCUGCUGCACACAUUGGGAGGGCAGGGUGACUUCAGCACCCAUCGGGGCUGGGUCUGGUGCCUGGCAUCUCAGGGACCUCUGCUGGCCUCAGGGGGCUUUGACAGCACAGUGAGGCUGUGGGACCUUCAAGCAGGUGGUGCGGAGAGGGGCCUGAUCAGGGCAGGGGCCGCUGUCCUCUGCUUGUCUUGUCAGUCAGAUGUAUUGCUGGCUGGUACAUUUGACAAGAGGGUCAGCAUGUAUGACACCAGAGCUGCUGAACCCCUGGUGAAAAGCCUCCGUCUCCACGGUAACGCUGUAAUGUGCCUAGCUGCAGAUGACAAGUACAUCAUCUCUGGGAGUAAAGACUGCACUGUGGCUGUCUAUGACCGCAGGGCAGGCAAAGGCUUGAAGAGACUUCGGCUGAGCUCUUACCUGCUGUCCAUGAGCCACAGUGGCUGUGAAGUGUGGGCAGGAGACAACAGUGGAAUGCUCCACUCCUUUUCCAUGCAGGCGGGGACCUUAAAACCCCUGUCCCAGUUUGAUGUGGGACACACAGCUUUGGUCACUGGCAUCCACAGGUCCCCUGGAAGCCUUUACACUUGUUCAUCUGAUCGUACUGUCAAGGUACAUAUCCCGUGUGCACCUCCAAGGACAUUGUGCACACUGCAUCACCAAGCUGGGGUCAAUGGGCUAAGUGUGGAUGCUGGAGUCCUUGCUGUAGCCUCAGGAGAUGUGUGUGUGGAAGUCUGGAGGCCCAGAAACUGAAAAGGCAAGACCUGCAAGCUAUGUGGCCAGACUUGAAAAGUAGGUGGAGACAAGAGAUGAAGGUUAUCAACAUCAUACUGGUCUUUAGCACUUUGGAAUUUGAAAUACACGGAGUCAACAACAAGUACACUAAACACUAAAAAAGGUAAUUUGUGUUGGUUCACCCAAAAGCCCUCAACCUUUUCUUUUUUUUAAUUCUGUGUUUGAUCUUAUUCAGAGAUUUAUUAACAAACAGAGGUACACAUAUUUAACACAUGAAAUGUGCUUAUUGCUAAUGUUUGCCCCAUGAACUUAUUUGCAAUUUUGUGCAAUACUCAGAGCUGUUGAUGUCACUGCACUUGAGAAUGUUUGUUGUUUAAUUGUUGUACAUUCAAACUGUGGAAACUAGUUCAUUGUGUUUACGUGCUCUCAAACUGAGUGAAUCUGUUAAAGCAAACUGACAUUGAACCAAAAGCAUUAGUUACUUUUUUUUGUGUCAAGCCCUCUGUGACACCAGUUGUAUUUAUAAAGCUAUUUAUUUGAACACAGCAAUGCUAAUGUAUAUAAUCUUUUUUUGUAGGGAUGUCUGCAUAUGCCUUGUAUGUUUCUGUGUGUUAGUUUUAAAAAUGUAUAACAAAUUGCUUGGAUAAAUCAAACUACAAAUCAUUUGCACAAUACUUGACAGAUGCAUCCAUUAAAACACAUUGAAAGACCAUUAAAUGAUUUAAAAAUCUA